CACACACACACACACACACUGGUGUUGUCAUCAGAGACAGUUUCCUUGACGACCAGAAAGUGAAAACGAGGCAAAAGAAAGAGAAAACGAGGCUGACGUCAGCUGUCACUCAAACUCCAGAGAAGAAGGAAACAGAUGAGAUGAUGCCUUCAAAGUAAAAGCAUUACAUUUAUAACAACACAGUCUGCGAACACUGCGCUGAGUUUGGUCUUUCUGAUUCGCACCUUCAGUAUAUUCAUAUCGCACACAAACGCUCAGGUUUCAUCUGUUCAGGGAAAAACUGCAUCUGUGCUGUUCUGGUGGUGAGGAGAUGAAGCGGCAGCUUUUAUUUUGUAGAGCCGUGUGACGCUGUGCUCUGAGGCGCUGGUUUGAAAAAUGAAAGUGAAGGGACUUCCACACUAAAUAAACUUCCCACAUUAACGGACGCAACAAUACUCCAUUCACAAAAUAUACAAUAUAAAACUCUUUAUUUAUUUUUACAAUAUUUAUCUCAUAAUUCCUCUUCAAAUGAUUAUUUCAUGAUCUGACGUCUGUUUGUGUAUCAGAUGUCAAACAGUGAGCUUCACUUUAAAGUCUGAUUCUGCUGUUUUUACACUAAAUAUCUUUAAACUGAACUGAUAUCAGAAUUAAAUCCAAAUACAAUGAACAGAUUUCAUAUUUUCAGCAGAAACAACAUUUAUUUAACACGUCGGGCUGCGUGUUUGCAUGAAAUGGGAUUUACAGAUUAUUAUUAUCAUUAUCAUUAUCAUUAUUAUUAUUAUUAUUAUUAUUAUUAUCAUAUCAUUAUUAUCAUCAUAUCAGUGGUGGAAAGAAACAAAGUACAUUUACUACAGUAAGUACACUUCUGAGGUACUGUGUGUGUGUAAAGUGGGAAAGUGAGAGUAGAAACACAGCGGGGCUUUCUGUCUUUCACUCUGCUCUGUUUUCUCUUUCCUGUCUGGAAUACAAGUUCAGCAGCAUGUUGGAGACAGCGACACACAGCAGAGCUCAGUCUGCAGCCACCAUCACCACCACCACCACCAUCAUCACCGCCACCAUCUUCAUCAUGUUCAGCUGGACCGGCCUGCUCUUCGUCCUCUGCACCCUGACUCCUGCGCUCUGCUGUGAUUGGCUCAGACACUACGGUCAUGUGAGCAACAGCUCUCUGACUCUCGUCCAGCUCAUGGGCGGUCAGAUGACUGAAGAGGAGAGUCCAGUUUCCUUUCCAAACAAACUCUACAAACACAUACAAAAGGCAGAGGUGGAGUCCCAGCUGGUUUUCAUCAGAGACAGUCUGGAGCUAAUUCUUGGUCUCUAUCGCCAUGACAACCUCUCCUCUGCUACCUGGGAUACCGACAAGACGGAGCACUUCCUGUUGUGCAUCCACAGACAGAUAGAUGGACUCAACAGCUGUGUGUCGACUAACAAGCAAGCAAACUACAAACUGAAAAAAUACUACAAGAGACUGGAGAAAAGCACUCUGUACCGCACUGGUGGUAGUGCUGCGUCCUGGGAGCUGAUCAGGAAGGAAACUGAAGUGCACCUGGAACGGUUGGCCCUGCUGGUGGCCCCCAUAGCUGCAACACUUCAUCACCAACACUGACACAUCUCAUCAGUCUGUCUCACUGUCUCCAGCGUUUAUUCUGUCUCUCUGUGAGAGUUUCUAUUGUCAGUCUAUUUAUUUAUUUAUCAUUUAUCGUUUCUAUUUAUGAACAAAGUGCUCAUCUUGUAUUUAUUUAUUUAUUGAACUCUGACAGUUUUGUAUUUACAGACUCUGAGUCUGAUUUUACUUGAAAAAUUUUGAUAACGGACCACAAUAAAGACAUUUCAUGCA